AUGGGUGCAAGUUGCUCCAAAUUUUCAUUCUGCUGGUGGCACUCUAACCUCAAGCCCUCUGUUCUUCAAUCCUCUGAUCUGGAAAAUGGGGAGAAAAAUGAAUUGCCAAGCUUCAGAGAGUUCAGCUGGGAGGAGCUGAAAUCUGCUACAAAUGGGUUUUCUUCUGAAAACAUUGUUUCAGAGCAUGGAGAGAAGGCUCCCAAUGUAGUGUACAAAGGAUUGCUUGAAAAUUAUCAGUGGAUUGCUGUUAAGCGCUUCAAUAAGUCCGCUUGGCCUGAUUCUCGCCAAUUCCUUGAUGAGGCUAAGGCAGUGGGGAACCUGAGAAGUGAGCGAUUGGCAAAUCUGAUAGGAUGUUGCUACGAGGAAGAGGAGAGAUUGCUGGUGGCAGAGUUUAUGCCUAACGAAACUCUAGCAAAACAUUUAUUCCAUUGGGAGAAGCAGCCCAUGAAAUGGGCAAUGAGGUUGAGGGUGGCUUUGUAUUUGGCACAAGCUCUGGAGUACUGCAGUAGCCGAGGACGGGCAUUGUACCACGAUCUUAAUGCUUACAGAGUCUUGUUUGAUAAGGAUGGGAAUCCUCGGCUCUCUUGUUUUGGCCUGAUGAAGAAUAGUCGGGAUGGCAAAAGUUACAGUACAAACUUAGCUUUCACUCCUCCAGAGUACUUGAGAACUGGAAGAGUGACUCCAGAAAGUGUAGUUUACAGCUUCGGAACCAUGCUGCUAGAUCUUCUAAGUGGCAAGCAUAUACCCCCAAGCCAUGCACUUGAUCUUAUUCGUGGCAAAAAUUUUCCGAUGUUCAUGGAUUCUUGUUUAGAGGGUCAUUUUUCAAAUGAUGAUGGAACUGAAUUGGUGCGAUUAGCUACGCGUUGUUUGCAAUAUGAAGCACGAGAAAGGCCAAAUGCUAAGAUUCUUGUCACUUCUCUCGUGUCAAUUCAGAAAGAAACUGAGGUUCCAUCUCAUGUUUUACUGGGCAUUCCACAUGGAAAUGCCAACUUGACGCUACCAUUAUUGUUGACGCCCAUGGGUGAAGCAUGCCUGAGAAUGGAUCUUACUGCCAUACACGAAUUUCUGGAAAAUGCUGGGUACAAGGAUGACGAAGGAAUUGCCAAUGAGCUAUCUUUUCAAAUGUGGACAAAUCAGAUGCAGGAGACCUUGAAUUUCAAGAAGCAAGGGGAUGCUGCUUUUCUAGCCAAGGAUUUCAUAACCGCCAUUGAUUGCUACACACAGUUCAUCGAUGGUGGGACUAUGGUAUCGCCGACUGUCUACGCUCGUCGCUGCUUAUCUUAUUUGAUGAGUGAGAUGCAUAAUGAAGCUCUAGCAGAUGCUAUGCAAGCACUGGUGGUAUCAUCUGACUGGCAUACUGCUUUUUACCUUCAAGCAGUUUCCCUCUCUGCUCUUGGGAUGGAAAAUGAUGCCCAGCAAUCACUCAACGAAGCCACAAACUUGGAAGCUAGAAGUAACAAAGAUUCAUAA